GGAGCCUUUCCUGUUUGUCAGAUACGUCAUCACCUUCUCCGCCGUGGGUGUGAGCUCAUCACAGGAAUACCACAUCUUUCCUAUGGGCAACAUAUCAACCCUCAGUUCCAGACUUACCGACUUCAAUAGCCACCUUCAGCCUCAAGAAUAUGAUUUUCUUGUCGACCUGACAACCGGACGUUACAUCACGCACACGACAGACGUCACGUGGCACUCGCCGCUGGUUUCCUCCGGCACAUGCGCAAUGAGAGGUGUCCUUAAGCUGAAUUUUGGCGCCCCGGAUUCUCCUUCAAGACAGAACGUUGUUCUCAUCUAUCUGUGGUUUAGUUCCCCGAGAGGAUGGAGCGUCGACAUAGGAGACUCUGCGGCAAAUAAUGGAUAUGGUGGCGACUUUAGGCGGCGAACAGGACGGGACGCCGAAGUGAGUGGGCGUGGAUCUUCCCUCUUUGUCGUGGGCAGCGACUACGACACAGGUCGACCUAGAGUGAAAAGCAUUGUUCGAAACUUCCUCCUUACCGAAGUCUCCAUCAUCAUCGCCGAUGGUAUCGUUGUGUGGAGCAACUUGGAGCAAGUGUAUAACGCGACAGUCGGAACCGAUCUCUUCGCUUUGAAUGGCCAACCAGACAUUCGGAACAACCCACCGAACUUCGAUAUCUAUCUCGGACUUAACCGAGUGAUAGCUUACCAGGCUCGACGUGGAAGAGGUCUUUGCGCUGCUGGAGUUUCCUGGCUCAAUUAAUUGACAAUACAGUCUGAUAAUAAAACCCGAAAACUGA